UUGAAAGAUUUAAAUGUCUAAAACAACAAAAUGAGUGAACGAUAACAAUCUGAAGUUAAAUAUUUUCUGGGCAAAUACAAAGCUAUUUGCUGCUUAAAAGAGGAGCCAAAAUGCUGCGAUUUCUUGGCCGAAACUUUAUAUUUAAUACCAAAGUUCCGACAUUGUUUUCAAGCGUAAAGAAUGUGCGAUUAAUUGCCCUAACCCAAAAGCAGAAUUUUUCAAAUAUCCAAGAAGGAAGCUCAAAUGCAAACGAAUCGAGCGAUCGCGACCCGGAGAAAGUGAAGCGAGCUAAACUGCUCGAUGUUUUAAUCGUCUCGUCCAUCGGGAUAAUUGGUUUUGGAUAUUUAAUUGUUAGAAGGGCGUUUUCACAGCCAGUGCAGGCUAAAAGCGCUGGAGGGCUAGUGCAAGAGUUGGGAGGUGGGUCAGAGACCGCAAUCGGGACCGAUGGAGAGGGUGCGAAGACGCAGGUACAAAGAAAAAAGAGAAAGACCUUCAAAGAGACCAAGAUAAUUGGUUACGAGGACAGGAUACGGGCUUACAGUACACCUGAUAAAAUAUUCCGUUACUUUGCAACAAUCCAGAGUGGUCAUUUAGGAACUGGGGAAAUGGAGAUAUAUAUGACACCACAAGAUUUUGUGAGGUCUCUAACACCUGGUAUAAUACAGCCAGAAGGUCUUGGUCUGGAUAGAUUCAAACAAUUGGACAAGAAUAAAGAUGUUUACAAUGGUUACACACAUGAUGAUGGCAGCCCUGGGGACAGUGUUUUAAAAAAUCUUGGCUGUAAUGGAUUGAUUAAUUUCUCUGAUUAUUUAUUUUUGCUCACUGUACUUGGAACUCCUCCAAGACAUAUUUCUAUUGCAUUCAAAAUGUUCGAUUUGAAUGGAGACGGUGAUGUUUCUGCAGAUGAAUUUGACAAGAUGCAAUCAGUAUUGCUUUCCCUCACUUCAACUGGCAUGAGACAUCGGGAUAGAACAACCACAGGGAAUGUUUUGGGAUCGCGGGUGAAUUCAGGGUUAAAGCUGUACUUCUUUGGGCCUCAGUGUACACAAAAGUUGACCGCACAACGCUUCAUUGAGUUCCAGCAGAAGUUGCAGAAAGAAGUUCUCUUUUUGGAAUUUCAAUUUUAUGAGCCAGUUGAUGGAAAGAUUACAGAGGUGGAAUUUGCAGACAUGUUGUUGACGUAUUCCAGUUUCACAUCCAAGAAAAAAGAACGAACUUUGAAACGGAUCAAGAAAACUUUCAAAGAAAACUCUCAGGGUGUCACAUUCAAAGAUUAUGUGGAUUUCUUCAGCUUUCUGAGAAAUAUUGGGGAUGUUGAUACAGCCCUCAGCUUUCAUACAGCAUGUGGUAGUGACCUAAAUCCAGAAACUUUCAAACGUGUGGCCCACCUUGUGUCAGGAGUGAGAUUACAGGAUCAUAUUGUUGAUGUUGUUUUUAAAAUGUUUGAUGAAAAUGAUGAUGGUGAAUUGAGUUCAAAAGAAUUUGUCAGUGUAAUGAAAACCAAUCUUAUGCGUGGUCUUGACAAGCCCAAAGAUACAGGAUUUACAAAACUCAUCAGUGCAAUAUCGAAAUGUGCCAAGCAAAGUGUAAAAGAACAACUGUUUCACAAAUGAAGAUGUAAAAUUGUGUUGUUGGUGUAUAUAUAAGAAUACAAUAGUUUCAUGUCA